ACCCGGCGACAAGUACAACGCAACAAUAAUACCGAAAUCCAGAAGAUUACUUCAAGUUGUCAACAAGAAAUCAUCAAAACCGGCAGCGCUCUUACUUCUCCUUAGUUCAAUUUCUCAUUUUUAUUUCUCUGCUUUACUUACCAAUUACGCUUAUCAAUCUCUCUGCAAUGUACCUUCCAUUUCUAAUUCUAAAAAGAUGAAUAAAAAUGUUCAUUAAAAUCAUCACCAUCACAUACCGCACCAUGAUCAUCGUUCCAUAACCGUCCGAUCAGAUCGACAGUAUCAACAAUGUCUUGGGGAUUAGGCUGGAAACGGCCGUCGGAGAUUUUCCGUUUAACGCUAAACUAUGGAACGGAGGAAUCAGAAGACGAUCUUAACCGUACAUCGACAUCAUCAUCAGGAUCAUUCUCCUCAUCAUCUCCAACAUCACUGUCCUCUCCACCGCAUGAUCAGGAUCCCGGAUUACGGAUUGAUUUAGAUUGGACUGUUGGUGAUGACGAAGAUCAGGUGGCUCUGAGGUUGCAGUCGCAGCUGAUGGUGGCGCUGCCGUUGCCUCAAGAUUGUGUCACGGUGGAUUUGAAUGUUAAGGAGGGAGAAAAUGUAGGGGUGGAAAUGAAGGUAGUUAAGAGGAGAGAGCCAUUACGAGGGAUGAUAUUGAGUAAGGGAGGGUCUGGUCAACAAAGUGAUGGCAUAGGGAUCUUGACUAGGUUGUUAAGGUCUAAUUUGGUUACUGAUGGUGUUGUUUCGACUUGUGGUGAACAUUGGCGUAACGUUACCUUGCUUAGCCUCUGUGGUUGCUGUUUGUCGGUAUUGCCAGCUGAAUUAAUUGGAUUGCCACUGCUCGAGAAGCUUUAUCUUGAUAAUAAUAGGCUUUCAGUUUUGCCACCAGAGCUUGGUGAAUUAAAAGCUUUGAAAGUUCUCAGUGUUGAUCACAAUGCAUUAGUUUCAGUUCCUGUUGAACUGAGGCAGUGUGUGGGACUGGUAGAAUUGUCACUGGAACACAACAAGCUUGUCAGACCUCUUCUUGAUUUCAGGGCUAUGGCUGAGUUACAAAUUCUUAGGCUAUUUGGUAAUCCUCUGGAGUUCCUCCCUGAAAUUUUACCGCUCCACAAACUUCGCCACCUGUCUCUUGCUAAUAUUAGGAUUGUAGCUGAUGAAAAUUUAAGAUCAGUGAAUGUACAGAUAGAGAUGGAGAACAGUUCUUAUUUUGGUGCAUCUAGACACAAACUGAGUGCCUUCUUCGCUCUUAUUUUCCGCUUUUCUUCAUGUCAUCAUCCUUUGUUGGCAUCUGCACUGGCAAAGAUAAUUCAAGACCAAGGAAACCGCAUUGUGGUUGGUAAAGAUGAGAAUGCAGUGCGGCAACUUAUUAGCAUGAUAAGUAGUGACAAUCAACAUGUGGUUGAACAAGCUUGCUCUGCUUUAUCCUCACUUUCUGGAGAUGUUUCUGUAGCGAUGCAGUUGAUGAAAUGUGAUAUAAUGCAACCAAUUGAAUCAGUAUUGAAAUCAGUUGCACAGGAAGAAGUAAUUUCUGUUUUGCAAGUUGUGGCCACCUUGGCCUUUGCAUCUGAUACUGUAGCUCAGAAGAUGUUGACCAAGGAUAUGUUGAAAUCAUUGAAAAUGUUAUGUGCCCAUAGAAACCCAGAGGUGCAAAGGUUAGCUUUAUUAGCAGUUGGGAAUUUGGCCUUCUGCUUGGAGAAUCGCCGCAUUUUGGUUACCUCUGAAAGUCUCCGGGAUCUUUUGUUGCGGUUGACAGUUACAUCUGAGCCACUUGUGAAUAAAGCAGCAGCUCGUGCUUUGGCAAUUCUUGGAGAAAAUGAAAAUUUGCGGCGUGCCAUUCGAGGAAGACAAGUAGCAAAGCAAGGCUUACGCAUACUUGCAAUGGAUGGCGGUGGAAUGAAAGGUCUGGCUACUGUGCAGAUCCUUAAAGCAAUUGAAAAGGGAACUGGAAAGCGCAUACAUGAGUUGUUUGACCUUAUAUGUGGCACCUCAACGGGUGGGAUGCUUGCAGUUGCCCUCGGUAUUAAGUUGAUGACCUUGAGCCAGUGCGAAGAAAUAUAUAAAAAUCUUGGAAAACUUGUUUUUGCUGAACCCACACCAAAGGACAAUGAAGCUGCCAGCUGGAGAGAGAAGUUGGAUCAGCUUUAUAAAAGUUCAUCGCAAAGUUUUAGAGUUGUGGUACAUGGAUCUAAACACAGUGCAGAUCAGUUUGAGAGGUUGUUAAAAGAAAUGUGUGCUGAUGAGGAUGGAGACCUAUUGAUAGAUUCAGCAGUGAAAAAUAUUCCCAAAGUUUUUGUUGUGUCAACUUUAGUUAGUGUGAUGCCAGCUCAGCCAUAUGUGUUUCGUAAUUAUCAGUAUCCUGCUGGAACACCUGAAGUGCCCAUGCCAAAUUCGGAAAGUUCAGGGGUCACUGUGUUAGGAUCACCUACUAUUGGUGCUCAAGUUGGCUAUAAACGCAGUGCUUUUAUUGGGAGUUGUAAGCAUCAUGUUUGGCAAGCUAUAAGAGCAUCAUCUGCAGCUCCAUAUUAUCUUGAUGACUUCUCUGAUGACGUGAACCGUUGGCAAGAUGGUGCUAUAGUGGCAAACAAUCCUACUAUCUUUGCUGUAAGGGAAGCGCAACUUCUAUGGCCUGACACAAAAAUCGACUGCUUGGUUUCAAUUGGCUGUGGUUCUGUCCCAACAAAAGUGAGGAGAGGCGGUUGGCGUUAUCUGGACACAGGACAAGUGUUGAUUGAGAGCGCAUGCUCAGUGGACCGAGUAGAGGAAGCCCUGAGCACAUUGCUACCCAUGCUUCCUGAAAUACAGUACUAUCGUUUUAAUCCAGUUGAUGAACGUUGUGAUAUGGAGCUGGAUGAGACUGAUCCAGCAGUCUGGUUGAAGUUGGAAGCUGCAGUUGAUGAAUAUAUCCAAACUAAUUCGGAUGCCUUUAAGAAUGUUUGUGAGAGACUACUCUUGCCUUAUCAACAUGAUGAUAAGUUCUCAGAGAAUUUAAGAAAUCAUCAAUUCCCCAAGCCAAAGGUAGCAAAUUCAGAUGGGAGUAGUCCCUCCCUCGGUUGGAGGCGUAAUGUGCUACUUGUUGAAGCUUUGCACAGUCCUGAUUCAGGAAGGGUGAUGCAUCAUGCACGAGCACUUGAAUCAUUUUGCACCAAUAAUGGAAUUAGAUUAUCUCUUAUGCUUGGGGCAUCAGGAAUUGCAAAGAUAGCGCCAGCAACAACAUUCCCAUCACCAUUUACCUCACCGUUAAUUACUGGAAGCUUCCCAUCAAGCCCACUUCUUUUUAGUCCUGAUUUUGGCCCACAUAGGAUUGGCAGAAUUGACAUGGUCCCGCCAUUAAGCUUGGAUGGAGUUCAAUCAGUAAAGAAUGCUGCAUCACCACCUAGGUCUCCUUCAGGGCGCAGACAGUUAUCUUUACCUGUGCGGUCAUUGCAUGAAAAGUUACAGAAUACUCCACAAGUGGGAAUUGUACAUUUAGCCCUUCAAAAUGACUCGGUCGGUUCGAUAAUAAGUUGGCAGAAUGAUGUAUUUGUUGUUGCUGAACCUGGAGAUCUUGCAAAUAAGUUUCUUCAAAGUGUUAAAUUUAGCUUGUUAUCAAUGAUGAGAAGUCGCCGCAGGAAAGUUCCAUCUUUUUUUGCUAAUAUUUCAACCGUCGCUGAUCUGGUUCGAUAUAAAACUUACUUCCAAGUUGGAAACGUAGUCCAUCGUUAUAUUGGACGACAAACGCAGGUGAUGGAGGAUGAUCAAGAAAUUGGCGCAUAUAUGUUUCGCAGAACAGUUCCUUCUAUGCAUCUAACACCUGAUGAUGUUCGCUGGAUGGUUGGAGCUUGGAGGGACAGGAUCAUAAUUUGCACAGGGACAUAUGGGCCUAUUCCAACUUUAAUCAAGGCCUUUUUGGAUUCUGGUGCAAAAGCUGUUGUAUGCCCGUCUGCAGAUGCGCUAGAAAUCCCACUGACAUCAACCCAUGGAUCAGAGGAGUUCCAUGUUCUGGAGAAUGGGAGGUUUGAGAUUGGAGAGGAAGAGGCAGAGGAUGAAGAGGCAGAGCCUGUGAGUCCGAGAAGUGAUUGGGAAGAUAGUGACCUUGAGAAGAAUGGGGAGCGUGCUACAGGUUUUUGGGAUGACGAAGAAGAUGAAUUAUCACAGUUUGUCUGCCAUUUGUACGAUUCCAUAUUUCAAGAAGGGGCAAAAGUGGAUGCGGCUCUACGGAAUGCUCUUGCUUCCCAUCGGAGGCUGAGGUAUUCUUGCCAUCUUUCGGGUAUACAGUAAUGAUUUAAAUCCCAUUCAUAUAAAGUGAAGACUAUAAUUAGGUUUAGCAUACCUGAGUUUAUGAAUAACUACAGAAAGUAGGAGAGAAUAUUUUCAAUUUUGAGGCUCAAGUGUAAAAGAAGUACUGAUAUUUGUUAUUCAGUAGAGAGAACAAGUAAAUAGCAUGUACCAGUGACAAUUUUUUCAAUGAUAUACAUCCUGUUUUUUCA